CCACCCCAUUUAAGGUGCGGCAGGAAAACAGGUGCGAGCAGGAGCAGCCAGCCGACUUCAAUCCACUCCAACCGGCUCUAGGUGACUUUCUUGGCGGUAAACUAAGGAAUACAAGCGGACGUCGAUCGUAGGAGAGACUUUUCUGAACUUUUAUCGGAGAAACUUCGCUUUUCUUUGAUCGAAAACAGGUGCACGCGCCCUUUGUUUUUUCUUUCGUUUAAUUGAAUUCGACAAACCAGGAGGGAGAAACAAUGGCCCACUCCGGUCUACAGAUUUUGGGGUUCACUCUUUCCCUCUUGGGAGUUUUUGGCCUCAUCAUUGGGACCAUUCUGCCCCAGUGGAAGAUGUCCGCCUUCGUGGGGUCGAACAUCAUCACGGCUGUGUCCAUGUACGAAGGAUUGUGGAUGUCCUGCGCGUUCCAGAGCACGGGCCAGAUCCAGUGCAAAGUGUACGACUCCAUCCUGCAGCUCAACAGUGCUCUCCAGGCGACUCGCGCCCUCAUGGUGGUGAGCAUUAUCCUCUGUGUGGCUGGUUUGGGUGUAGCUUGCAUGGGAAUGAAGUGCACCAACUGUGGCGGAGAUGACAAAACGAAAAAGACUCGCAUUGCCCUGGCUGGAGGCAUUGUCAUCUUGAUUGGAGCUCUAUGCACUCUUGUGGCGUGUGGGUGGUACACUCACGACAUCGUCCAAGCUUUCUACAACCCCUUCACCCCCGUCAACACAAAGUACGAGUUUGGCUCUGCUAUCUUCAUCGCCUGGGCCGGGGCUUUCUUGACUCUGAUUGGAGGGGGCAUGUUGUCUGCAUCGUGUCCAAGAGACAAAUCCGUCCCGUCUUAUCGAUCCAGAACCCCUCAAUCCAGCAUUCCGCUCAAGAGCCACGUUUGAAAGAUCUGGACUUUGUUUUAGCUCAAACCUUUUUUUUUCAUAUUUGUUUCAGCUUCACGAUUGGGGAGAAUGAGGAAAAUAUCUGUGCAUCAUGCUGCACUUUAGUUUCUGCAGCCCACACCAUGUUACUGUAUAUCUUAAGGAACUCAUUAAAGUUUUUAAAUGUCAGUUUACUAUAAUUUUUGGGGGGGGGGUUUUGGCCAUGUUUUAUACAGUGUAUCAUACUGUGGACAAACCUGUAUCACUGAACCAACACAGCUGUCUUUCACUGCAGUUCACUAUCAUGUCUCACUGUGGAUUGCACUGCAAGAUGAGAUUGUAACGGCCCAAAUGAUGUGUUAUUGUCAUAACCAGUUCUAGUACAGGAGACGAACCCCAUAACUAACGAAGUGAGCUGAUUUAGUCAAACUGUACAUUAAGUUUCCCCUUCCGAUCCUCAAAUCUCUUAACACUUUUAGAGGAUUGGCUAAAAUUUGAUCAAUGUUUUGCAUUAAGUUGCUUGUGAUUUUAUUUUUUUUAUACUUUUUAAAUGUGUGUGUGUACAUAGAAUAAACCGUGGGAAACCUGA